GGUCACAAAAAAUGCAGGACACAACAGAAUUUACAAUGAUUCAAUUUCUAAGAAGAUUAUUUUUCUUUUCUUUCCUAAUUUCUUUCUUUAUGACCAUGUUCUGUUCAGGAAGUGAGUUUUUAUCAUCAGAAUCUGAUUCUUUCUUCAGUUUCCUUAAGGCUAUUGAUCACAAUAAUGUACUCAACAUUAGCAACAUAGUUGUCUCGUCGUCGUUGCCGCCGCCACAACAUCCAUGUUUGAUCAAGUUGAAUGGUGUAAGAUGCAACUCAAAUGCUACCAAUAUUGUUGAGAUAAGGCUUGAUAAUUUGAACCUUAGUGGCAUAUUUGAUGCAAAUUCACUAUGCAAACUCCAAAAGCUUAAAUUUGUUAGUUUAGCUAACAAUAAUAUUAGAGGGACUAUUCCAAGCUCAAUUUUGCAUUGUAGAAAAUUGGUACAUUUAAAUGUAACCAAUAAUCAAUUGAGUGGUAGGUUACCAAAGGCUUUAACAAGAUUGAAAUAUCUUAAGAGUUUAGAUGUAUCUAACAAUAAUUUUUCUAGUAAAGAAGAAUAUAGGAAUCUAUUUACCAAUUAUUUGGCACCAAUUAGUAAAUUAGAGACCAAAAAUGAUGUAGUUACAAUUCAACCAACACCUAGUCCUUUAACUUAUAACACAAAUGAAAAUUCAAAGAAACCAUGGUAUACCAAUAUUGAAAUUUUAGUGGGGUUAGUUUUGGGAAUUGGAUUGAUUUUGUCAUCUCUAUACUUUAUAGUAAAGAAAUCAUCAAAGUUAAUGGAAUUAGAGAGUGAUGUAAAGAAAAGCCAUAUUGUUUCUCCUAUAAAAAAGGUUACAACUCAUGAGGUGAAAAUAAAAGGAAGAGAUAUUAAUAGUAAUAAUAAUAAUGAUUCAGAACUUGUGUUCUUUGUUGAAGAUCAUGAAAGGUUCAAAUUGGAAGAUCUACUAAGAGCAAAAGCUGAUUUGAGAAGUGAAAAUUUUUGGAGUAGUCUUUUCAAGGUGAAACUUGAGAAUGAUGUUGAAUAUGUUGUCAAAAGGUUAAAGAAUUUGCAGGUAUCUUGUGAUGAAUUUGGAGAAACAUUGAGGAAGAUAAGCAAAGUGAAACAUUCAAAUAUUCUUCAACUUGUUGGUUACCGUUCUACCAAAGAAGAAAAACUCAUCAUUUACAAAUAUCAAAGCAAUGGAAGUCUGCUCAAUCUUUUAAAUGAUUAUAUAGCAGGUAGAAAAAAAUUUCCAUGGAAACUUCGUCUAAAUAUAGCAUGUGGAAUUGCAAGGGGUUUAGCCUUCAUAUAUAAGAAAUUAGAUGAAAGUGAAGUCAUUAAUAUCCCUCAUGGAAACCUCAAGCUAUCAAAUAUCCUUCUUGAUGAAAAAAAUGAAGCACUAAUAAGUGAACAUGGUUUAUCAAAAUUCUUUGACACAAAUCAAGGAACCUUCUUUUCCUCAAAUGGAUACACACCUCCUGAAAAGAAUUUAACACAAAAAAGUGAUGUUUAUAGCUUUGGAGUGAUUCUACUAGAACUAUUAACAGGACAAAGCAUAGAAGUUAGUAGAAUAGAUAUUGUUAAAUGGGUGAGAUCAAUGGUUAGAGAGGAAUGGACAGGUGAAGUAUUUGAUAAGGAAGUUAGGGAAAAUGAUCAACAAGGUGCAUUUUCAUUGUUGAACAUAGCUCUUAUGUGUGUGUCAAGGUUACAAGAAAAUAGGCCUAAUGUUGGAGAAGUUUUGGAGACAAUUGAAGGAGUGAUGAAUGCACGUGAACAACAAGAAAUGGACAUUUUUGCUUCUAAAUGUUGUUCUAAUGGAUCUAAUCAAGAAUGUUGUUCACUUCAUCAAAUUAUACCUGACACAUGGGAUUCUCCUGGAUCAAAUUAUUGAUAUGAUUAAAAUGAGAUAUAGGUAAUGUUUACUAUCAUUUUAGCAGAAAUAUUGAGGUGAUUACUCCUGUGUACAAACCAUGAACAUGUUUGUAAUUUAGGAAUGUUAUAUUCUGCAACAAAUGAUUUUUAGCCAAUAUAUACAUGUUGUAAUAUGUUGCUUUUAUUAUUAUUAUUAUUAUUAGGGAGGUUUAUGACAAAGUAAUAUGUUAACACCCACCCCACACCUGAUUCCUAAUUAAGAAGGCUUGUAACUGGGUAUAUAUAGAUUACGUGCAAUAAGUCAAAAUCUCUGCCGUCUGAUCAAGAUUGAAUUAUCUAAAUUUUAAUUCUUUUUAAACAAAAAUUCCAACCUUUAAAUUAUAGCUGCCCGUAAUUGACUGCGUGUGGUCACAAAGGCUGUGACUGUUCAAAACCAUCACUAUAUGAAAUCAGUGAUAAAGUUAACAAUACAGCAGUUAAGAAAAUUGUCCACACAAAUCAAAUGAAGUGACUUUACAAUUUUCAUUCAUUCGUACUAAACACAAUACAUGUUUAUCAAGUUGCAUAAACAAACUAAAGCUAGUAAUUCUCUGCAAAAUGACAAGAUUACCGGUUAUUGUUGGGUUUUUUUCACUGCAGACAUUUGUUGUGUUUGUUCUUUGGAUACAACUACGACUAAUGCAAAA